CUUAAUGACGUGCAUAGUAAUCUGGUCAAUUAAUUUUAAAACAUCAACUAGUUUACUUCUACUACUACUGAUCUUGAGUUCCAUGAAUGUGAUAGUCUAAAGCCUAAAAUCAACUAAAAACAAGUAGGGAAAAGAAAAAAAGCAAGAUAGAAAAGUCUUUUGGAACAAGAUUUUGUGGAGGGAACGUGAACGCAAGCCUAUUGUUCUGUAGUGCAUUUUUGUGUGGUGAACAAACCACGUUGGUGUGCUUGAAUCAUUACACUUACCAACCCUUCGUUUUUUCAACAUACACACUUUAGUUUCUUCUGUUAAUUUCCGUCCCUCUAAUUUCCAUUUCCAUUUCCGCACAAUAGAAGAUACCAUAGAAUCUUCUUCCCUCCCUCUCUCUUCUCUUAUUUAUUCUUCUUCAAAAAUAACUAACAUUCACACAACACAACACAAACACACGAAAUAUCAAACACACACGAAACAAUGAAAGCACUGAAUUCGCGUGUUGUCCUCAUAGAUCUUCACAGUUCCAAUCACCACGUCUCAACCUCCACCCUCGCCUACGUUCACAACUCCAACUUCAUCUCCGCCGUCUCCUCCUCAUUCCGCCGCUCGGUGCGGCAGGGGAUUCGCUCCGCCAGGUCCUCGCCGGAGAUUCGACGCCCCUCCGAUCGCUUCUUCUCCAGCAAUGGGCUGUCGUUGUCUUCGUCGUCGUCGUCCGCGUCCGCAUCCGCAUCCACCUCGCGCCCGGAGGAGCUGGAGAUGUUCCUAGAGCUGCUCCCGUUGAAGAUGAGGAGGGAAUUGCACCGCCAUAGUGAGAUUGGAGGGCUCAUAGAGGUUGUCAUGGAUUUGGGUCGAAAGCCUCUUGCCAGGUUCCCUUCCGGUGAUUGGUUCAUCUCUGAACAACCCAUCCAGCCUGAAGAUUUGGAUCAUGCCAUUUCCAAGGUUGGUGAUUUUUCUGAUGACAACCGGUCCGGUAUUGAUAGGUCCUUGCAUCGUAUAAGUGCAAUUCGGAAUCGUAAAAUGCAAAUAAUUGGUCUUACUUGCCGGGUGGGUCGAGCAGUGAGGGGUAGUGCUGAAAUCUUACGUGAUUUAGUUGAGGGAGGAGGUUCUAUAUUGGUCAUUGGACCUCCUGGUGUGGGCAAAACAACCUUAAUCAGAGAGCUUGCAAGGAUGUUGGCAGAUGAGUUCAGGAAGCGCGUUGUAAUAGUGGAUACAUCCAAUGAAAUUGGAGGAGAUGGGGAUGUUCCUCAUGUAGGCAUAGGAAGGGCUAGGAGAAUGCAAGUUCCAAACGUGAAUAUGCAGCAUAAUAUUAUGAUUGAAGCAGUUGAAAAUCAUAUGCCUGAAACCAUUAUAAUUGAUGAAAUUGGAACAGAGCUCGAAGCAUUAGCAGCCAGUACUAUUGCUCAAAGAGGAGUACAACUGGUUGGAACAGCACACGGAAUGACCAUUGAAAACAUCAUUAAAAAUCCUUAUCUUCAGAUCCUUGUUGGUGGCAUAGAGAGCGUAACUCUUGGGGAUGAGGAAGCCAGAAAAAGGAAAGUGCAGAAGACAAUUCUUGAAAGGAAAGGAGCUCCAACAUUUACAUGUGCUGUUGAGAUGAUAUCUAAAACUGAAUGCCGUGUUCAUCAUAGAAUAGAUGCAACUGUGGAUGCCAUUUUGGCAGGAAAACCUCCAAUAUUUGAAGUCCGUCAUUGGGAUGAUUUCGCCAAUGAUUUGGUGGAUGAUGCUCCAAUGCCUGAAAUAAAGCAUGGAGAAACAUCUGAUUUAACUAAGAAUAAUGUCAUAAGAUCUGACGUAGAGUCUGAUGAGGAUGAUAAUGAUCAUCCUUCUUCUUGGUCCAAGAAAUCGAGUACUACUAGUGGAUCUGUGGUGAAGAGGAGUUCACCAAUGCAAGUUUAUACUUACAAGAUUCUAGAAGCUGAUCUACUUCAAGUAGCAAAGGUGAUGGGACUUGAAGAUGUAAUAGAAGCAACUGAUGACAUUGGAGCUGCUGAUGCAAUUCUAGCAUCCGGUUCUGAGUUACGCGGGAACCCAUGGAUCCGUGCUGUAGCAAAGUUCCACCACUUACCUGUAUUUGUUCUAAAGUCAAAUACCAUGGCACAAAUGGUCAAGGCAGUACGAAUGAUCCUUGGGCUAGAAUCCUUUGGCCCUCCACCAAAGAAGCCACUAAAGGGCUCUCUGGAUAUUGAAAUCGAGGAUGAUGAACCAAAGCGAAAACCAUCUCUGGAAGAGAUUGAUGCGUUGGAGGAGGUCCGGCUUGCAAUCGAAUACAUAGUGAUUCCUGGUGGAGAGGCUGUGGAACUUCUUCCUAGACGUUCUGAAAUUAUUGACCGGCAGCUUGAACUCGUGCAAAGCUAUCAGUUAGCAGCUGAAAAAUCAGGCACAGAACAGAACCCCAGGUUGCAGAUUCUUCCCUUGAGGCUAAAUGCCAAAAAGUCCUCUAAGUCAAGUUCUGUUUCCAGAAAGAAAACAAGUCCUACCUCUGGUGGGGGUGGCAAUGGUACCAGUGUCACCAGGCUUCCUAUUUUGCCAGAGUAAUUCAAAAUUUUCUCUGAUUCUAACAUGUUUCACUUCUAGCAUGUUUGGAUCAGCUUCUCUUUCAUCAUAAUCAAUUCUGAAACCCAGAAGCUUCUCCCCAUAAUUGAUUCUGACUUCAGAAUCAAUUGUCGAAGGAUUUCCAAACAUGGUCUGUACAUGUAUGUAUAAUAAUGUAUGUAAUGUUACACGUACAGUCAUGCAAGUGGUGUAAAUAAUUUAUUUAUAGCCAAAGAGGUUAUAGCUCAAUUGGGGUGUAAAUAAUUUAUCGAUGUCCAAGUUGGAUCAUCCGCCAAGCUACCCCUACCUGUACUUAGGUCCUUGCAUCUCCAAUAUACAUAUUCAUCUGUAAUGAUUAUACGAAUGGAGUUCAAUUUAUAACGGCACACAUGUGUAAAUUGUAAAAGAUGUUGAUUCAGA